AAUGUCAUCACUGACUGGUAGAGUUUCCUGUGAAGAUAAUAUCGGAGAUAGCUUCGGUGGGUGGUGUUCGGCUCGUUUUAUCCUGUGGCUUUCACGGUCGAUGUGAACGUUCGACAUGUAAGAAUGCACGAAAACGGGACACGUUAAUGUUAAAUUAUGAAAGAGAAUCUAUCGAUCGAGAGAGAGUAUAGCGAAAAAUACCACGGUGGUGUGAUAGUGCGAAAAUCCUAACCUUGUUUAAAAAUGAAGUCGGGCACCAUGGACAAACACAGAGGCUCUACACUUUUGAAACCGGAAGAAAACGAACAAGUCUUCCAAUUAAUAGGGAAUCGGUGCCAGUGUUUAGCAGCUGGAAUUAUUCAAUUAUAUUUAACGGAACCACCUUUGCAUAAAGAAUGGAUAAAGAAAACUACAGGUAUUAUAACAUUAAUAAGGGAUAAUCCUAGGCGUAGUUUCUUCCUUCGGUUAUAUUGUCUGCAAAGGAAAGCAAUGUUAUGGGAACAUGAAGUUUAUAAUGCAAUGGAUUAUAAAGCACCAUUAAUGUACUUCCAUACAUUUGAAGCUGAAGAUUGUAUGGCUGCUUUCAAUUUUGCAAGUGAAACAGAUGCUGUUACGUUAAGAAAUAUUCUUCUUGAUAAACUGAAUGCUAAACGUCAAAGAAGACAGCAAAGACGGUCUAAAAUGGAAGUAGAGUCUCAACAUGGUGCAACAUUGCCAUGGAGAAAUCAAAGCAACGCGUCGUCGGUUGCAUUUAGCACAGGGUCAACUUCUAAUUUAUUAAAUGGAACUCCCACUACAGUUGGCGUUAAUAGAAGUGCUUCGAGUAGUUCUAUGUAUAAAUCUAAGAAGAAAAAACGAGAGAAAGCUAAACGAAAAUUAACAAAAGAUGAUAUAGGUCCACCAUCAAAUUUUAGACAUGUAUCGCACUUGGGAUGGAAUGACUCAGGAUUCGAAUACGAACCAGAAGAUCCACACUUGAAGAUUUUUCUGGAUAAAGUUGGUGUAUCGGAACACCAAUUUAGUAAUCAGGAAACGCGCAAUUUUAUUUAUGAUUUCAUUGAAAAGAAUGGAGGCAUGAAUGCUAUCCGAGAAGAUAUUUCAUCGUCUAUUCCAAAAUCUAGCGCACAGCAACAACCACAGCAACAAGCUCCUCCAGUAGCACCUCAACGACAGGAAUACCCUCCUCCAGUUCCUGCGCGAACAAUACCUCAUCAAUCGAGAAGCGCUCCGCCACUACCUCCAAAUCGAUUUAAUGCACCUUCAACACCACCGAGCGCACCAGCUAAUGCUCCACGGGUGCAUAAAUCAUUACCAUUACGACCACCGCCACCUUCUUUAACCACUGCUCCGUCAUUGCCGCCACCUCCGCCGCCACCUCCGCCAGCUCCAGCUCCACCUUCCAGGACUAAUUCUAUGGCACCUGUUCCACCUCCGCCGCCAUUGCCUAAUUUAGUAAACACGGAUGAAGGAACUCUCAAUACAAGUGCUACGAAUAAUAAUAAUAAUAAUAAUAAUACUAGUAAUAAUAAUAACGAAGAAAAUGUUGAUCCCAGAUCAAUGCUUAUGGAAUCCAUCAGAAGUGGCACUACGCUUAAAAAAGUCGAUAAAUCUGAAAUUAAACAAAAAGAACCUCCUGUACAAGGGGAUUCUAGAAAUGCUUUAUUGGAACAAAUUCGUCAAGGAGUUGAAUUGAGGCCUGUUUCGAACGAAGCAAAACCUAAGACAACUCCAGUAUUUCAAGGAGGAUUAGCUAGUGCUUUGUCAAGGGCUCUUGCGGAGCGAUCAAGUGCAAUCCAUAGUGAAAGUGAUAAAUCGACUAGUGAAACCAGUGAUGAUGAUGAGUGGGACGAUUAAUUCAGAUGAAAUAUACAACCCGAGGAAUACAAUAAUAUACCACUGUGAUAAAUCUGCUAUUGAUAAACAUUUAAACAGAUUAGCUACUGUAAAUGUAUAAUGUAACGAUUUUGAAUUUGAUAUCCAAAGAAGAAUGAAAAUCAUAUAUAAAUGUUCCGAAAAAACGGAAUCAGUUAAAUGUGUUAUCAGAAAGUAAGGCACAAUCACGUGGAUAGGGCAGGUAAGGGCAGAAUGAAGGUUUUAAUAUCGUCUCGGAGAAAUCACAACGUACAUUUAUCAAAGGAAGCGACUUGCAUAAAGUAAAUGCGAUGCUACGAAGCACAAUAGAUAUGCGAAAGUCAGUUUUUAAUGUGGUAUUAUUUAUUUGUUCGUUAUUAACAACCAUUUUGUCCUUGGAAUAAACUUUGAUCGACGAUAGCCGUAGACAUACAUAAAUAUACAAAGCUUGUUCUAAGACUAAAAUUACUGUUAAUAAUUCCAUGCGACCAAGCUAUUAUUCUAAUUACUAUAUUUAUUUGCUCAAUUGCGAAACCCGAUAUUUGACAAAUAAAACAAGUAUUAGAAAGUAAUGGUAUUUAUACAUACUGUCGCAAGUGAACGUCGCAAGAAAUAUAGCAAAGAAUGCUGUUAUGUUACAAAUAGUAUAUUUGUAUACUACAGUUAACAGUAUUAUAAAUUUUACAUAAGUUUAUUCAGCACAGUCCUUUCGUUACGCAAUAUUUCUACAUCCUUUGCCCUAGUUUGCCCUGCCCAGUACGUGCGACUCAAAGUACACGUAUAAUGUUAAGUUAGCAAUGGCGUUAGUGCGGACAGCAUUUUUAACGAUAGAACAAAUGUAAACGUAUGCAUUUCCAAAUUAAUUGGAAUAGUUCUGUCAGUCGUAAUAGAUAUGAAAAAAAAGAAGUAUUACAAAUAUUAUUAGAUUUCUUUCCAGGUGAAUACUCUGUGAAACUGCAAUAAUUUCGAUAAUGAUCUAUAUAUAAAAAGUACAUCGAAACAAUUUUAAUUCAUAAAAACUAUACUUAACAUCUUCAGAGACAUGUACGUAAUGUAUCACACGUGCUACCCUACAGGUCGACAUUAGAAAUCAAACUGUCAUCAAUUAUAAGAUUUAUUGGAUUAAGAAAUCAAAAUCGACUCGCAUGCCUCCUCUUUUUUUUUUAAUCUUAUUUUAUAAUGGUGUAAUACACAAAACCAGAAAUCGACCUUUACAAAGUAUACAAUUUAUACUUAAACUUAUCGAUAUAUGAAAUUUUUAUUCUGUGGAAUUCCCGUUUAAGUAUGAUUCAUUGUUUCGUUUAUUGGUAUGAAAAUCACUUUUGGGAUAUCUAAAUUACGGCUUUGUAUCUAGUCGCUUAUAAAGCCAGGGUAGGGAUAUCGAAUGAAUGGAAACUAUGUUCCCGGAGUGUUUUUGAAAUCCAUUAACCGACUCGAUGAAUUAGAAGUAUGACGCAUCUUUGAUAUCUCUUUUUUAACUCUAAUAUCUUCCUCUCUGUUACAAUUUAUUGUAUGAAUUGUACGAUUUUUGUCGAUGUUCUCUUCACAUAUGCAAGAAAAAAUACGCAACAUAGGGUGAAUCAUUAUAUGUUCGUUACACAUAAUCACGAUACUUCAUCUUUGAAUUGAAUGAUUCUUAAGUAUCCUACUAAAAUAUGUAUAAGGUACGUUUAACGAUGAAGUAAGGACUGUAUAUUUUCACGUGUGUGAUAAUGGUGUCGAGCCUGCGGAAGUGAAGCGCAAACUGAAAAAUUGUCUGUGGGAAGUAUGACGAGGCACAAGAUAAAAGUUAUGCCGCUAUGGAGAAAUCCUAGUCACACCAGAAACAGAAAAAAAAAAAAGAAAAACGAACAUGUUAAUUAUUAAUUAUUGUAUUCUGUUAUAUACUAUUACACGAUAUUUGUUUAAAGUAAAUACCGUUCGAGCUAAAUCUUGGGUACGAAUGAUCUAAAUCAUACACUGCAGGAUUCGUUCGGCUGUCUUGAUUUUUAGGAGCGUGUAUCGUGAGCGUAAUCAAGGAGGGAAGCUGUAACUGUUAACUAUAGUAAAGAGAAAGUAGCGACAAAUGUUUUAACAAAGACUUGUUAUAGAUGAACUAAUGUAUUAGAAUGUGACUUGAGGGGAUAACGAAAUUAUACGAUAAUUAAACGCAUUAGAAAUAUUGUUGCAUUUAAGAAAGAGAAAGAAUUAUAACGGACGCAUACUCUUUGGUCCAAUUUCCUGAAAUACAUAUUCGUCUUCUUUCGAAUGUAUAACGUAGAACACGUUACAAAUCAAAUUCGAUUUGUAUUGUGACUGCCAAAUAUGAAAAGCUAUAAAAAAAACACUCAUCAUAAAAAAAAAAGUAAUUUACUUCAAUACGCAACUUCCUUUUACCAUAUUAUUUUCUUUAUAUUACCUAAGAUAGACUUUAUAUAACAGAUCAUUUAUAGCGCAAAUCUUAUUAACUAAUGCAAAAUAGAUGUUUCCUUUUUGUUACUACAAGAACAAGAAUGGCACUCCUAUAGAAAUAGAGAUUUCAUAGACGAAGGAGAAACCUAGAUUUGUUAUAUGUGUGUAUAUAUAGUUCUGAAGAAAACGUUAAAUAUGCGUUGAAACAA